UCCCACCUCUCACAGCCAACUCUUCUCCUUUCUCUCUCCCCACCGCUCCGGCCAUGGCCACUCUUCCCUUCCCCGCUAUGCUAUCACUGUCUCUGCUCUUUUCCCUUUGCAUCCUCUCGACAGCCACCCAACCAGGCAUGAUUCUCACCCUUGUGAACAACUGUCCCUACACCGUUUGGCCAGCCAUCCAGCCCAACGCCGGUCACCCGGUCCUCGAACGCGGCGGCUUCGCCCUCCACACCCUCACCCACCGCUCCUUCGCAGCUCCGACCACUCACUGGUCCGGCCGCAUCUGGGCCCGCACUGGCUGCACAUACUCCAACAAUCACUUCUCCUGCGCCACCGGCGACUGCGGGGGGCGAAUAGAGUGCGACGGACGAGGCGGCGCCACCCCUGCUACCCUAGUCCAGUUAGUUCUCCACCACGGCCCCGCCGACUUCUCCUCCUACGGAGUCAGCUUGGUAGACGGCUUCAACAUCCCCAUGACGGUGACCCCGCACGAAGGCAAAGGCACCUGUCCGGUCGUGGGCUGCAGGGUGGACUUGGUUCCCACGUGUCCGGCCAGCUUGAGGUUUCAUGGUCCGGGAGGACACGUGGUGGGGUGCAAGAGUGGGUGCGAAGCCUUUGGUACGGACGAGCUUUGCUGCAGAAAUCACUACAAUAGCAAAGAAACGUGCAAGCCUUCGAGCUAUUCGGACUACUUCAAGCAUGCUUGUCCGGCAACUUUUACGUACGCUCAUGACAGCCCUUCACUCAUGCACGAGUGCUCAGCUCCUCGCGAGCUCAAAGUCAUUUUCUGCCACUAAUUAAUUAAGCAGUAAUUGAUCUUCGUGCCUCGUGCAUGGGGAGCCUGUGUUGACCAUUGACCGUAGUGUGGAUGUUUGUGCGUGGAAAAUAAUCGUUUUUGUGCUUGAGGGUAAUUAAAAAAGAAACAAAAGGAUCAGUCAAGUCGGUGCUCGUUAGGUGUUUAUGGGUUGUGUACGGUGUUGUUCCACUUGAAUGCAUGUUGUUAUUGUGUUGUGUUUCACCUAUUUUCUUUGCUUCUCUGGUUGUAGCUUUGGGAGUUUGUGUGGUUGAAAUAAUGGUGCAAACAAGAAUUUCAUUUCAAGUGAUUACCAGCUCGUUA